AUGGCAAAUCACCAGAAUCCACUCCUGAAUAUUGUCAUUGUCAUUAUUGAGAUUAUUCAGAGAACAGAACCAACCAGAAUAAUUUUGGCCCCUUCUAACAUGGAUGUUGCUGUUGGUGAGAGCGUCAUUUUACCCUGCCAGGUGCAACAUGACCCCCUGUUGGAUAUUAUGUUUGCCUGGUAUUUCAAUGGAGCCCUUACAGACUUUAAGAAAGAUGGAUCCCACUUUGAGAAAGUUGGUGGAAGUUCGUCUGGUGAUUUAAUGAUCAGAAACAUUCAACUGAAACACAGUGGGAAGUAUGUGUGUAUGGUACAGACAGGGGUGGACAGUGUUUCAUCAGCAGCUGAGCUCAUAGUGAGAGGUUCACCUGGACCACCAGAAAAUGUGAAGGUAGAUGAAAUUACAGAUACAACAGCACAGCUCUCUUGGACAGAAGGCACAGACAGCCACAGCCCAGUUAUAUCCUAUGCAGUCCAGGCUAGGACACCUUUCUCCGUGGGCUGGCAAACGGUUACAACAGUACCUGAGGUCAUUGAUGGCAAGACACAUACAGCUACUGUCGUGGAGUUAAACCCAUGGGUAGAAUAUGAAUUUCGGGUAGUAGCCAGUAACAAAAUCGGAGGCGGAGAACCCAGUUUACCCUCAGAAAAAGUAAGGACUGAAGAGGCAGCUCCAGAAGUGGCACCUUCUGAGGUCAGCGGAGGAGGUGGAAGCCGAUCUGAACUAGUAAUAACCUGGGAUCCAGUCCCUGAAGAACUACAGAAUGGUGGAGGUUUUGGGUACGUGGUAGCUUUCCGCCCACUUGGGGUUACCACCUGGAUCCAGACAGUGGUGACAUCCCCAGAUAACCCAAAAUACGUCUUUAGGAAUGAAAGCAUUGUGCCUUUCUCACCAUAUGAAGUUAAAGUGGGUGUUUAUAAUAACAAAGGUGAAGGGCCCUUCAGCCCAGUAACAACGGUGUUCUCUGCAGAGGAAGAACCUACAGUAGCCCCAUCCCAUAUCUCUGCCCAAAGCCUGUCUUCCUCAGAAAUUGAAGUUUCAUGGAACACAAUUCCCUGGAAGUUGAGCAAUGGACAUUUACUUGGCUAUGAGGUGCAGUACUGGAACAAUGGAGAAGAAGAAGAAGAAUCAUCCAGCAAAAUGAAAGUGGCAGGAAAUCAGACAUCAGCUGUGCUCCGGGGCCUGAAGAGCAACCUGGCAUAUUACACAGCAGUCCGGGCUUACAACAGUGCAGGCUCUGGUCCCUUCAGUGCCACAGUUAAUGCAACCACCAAGAAAACUCCUCCCAGUCAGCCACCAGGAAAUGUCAUUUGGAAUGCUACGGACACCAAAGUGUUACUUAAUUGGGAACAAGUAAAAGCAAUGGAGAAUGAAUCAGAGGUAACAGGUUACAAGGUUUUCUAUAGGACUAGCAGUCAAAACAGUGUGCAAGUACUUAACACAAAUAAAACUUCAGCUGAACUUUUGCUGCCAAUCAAAGAAGACUACAUUAUUGAAGUUAAGGCCACUACAGAUGGAGGGGAUGGCACCAGUAGUGAGCAGAUCAGGAUUCCAAGAAUAACCAGUAUGGAUGCAAGAGGAUCCACAUCAGCCAUUUCUAACCUCCACCCUGUGUCAGGUUACAUAUCUGUCCUACUGUUCUUUAUUGUAGAUGCUCUGUGGUGAGAGACAUUUUUUUAUUAUUAUUUACUGGAAAAUUAAUUGGUUACCACAAAAAGUGCUUUCUGAAACAGUGAUUAUGCAUGUUUUUUUUUUCAGCUAUGUGUUUUUAAAUUUCUACUCCAUUAUAGGUAAAUUAUGAAUAUAAUAAAAACAGCAAAUCCUUUUAGAGGAAUCUGAAAUGCCUUAAUAUUUGCUUGGUAAACCAAAGGAAUUUGAAAAUUACAUACUGCAAACUUUUGAUAUAAAUGUUCUAAUGUUAUAGUUUAAUUGCUGCCUACAUGUGAGGCACAUACAAA